AAAUAAAAAGGAAGAUAUACUCCAAUGGAAAGCAAAAGACCAUAUAAAAAAUCAAGACCUUCCUUCCCCUUUCCCUCACUUCUUCCUCUCGAUCAAAACAAGCCUAAAUUAGAUCUCUCAAAACAUUCAGUGAUGCUUUAGUUCGUACUGAUCAAUAAUGGCAAGGGAAAAGAUCAAGAUAAAGAAGAUAGACAAUGCAACGGCGAGGCAAGUGACUUUUUCUAAGCGCCGGAGAGGGUUGUUCAAGAAGGCAGAGGAGCUUGCCAUUUUGUGUGAUGCUGACGUUGGCCUCAUCAUCUUCUCUGCUUCUGGGAAGCUCUUUGAAUACGCCAGCUCAAGCAUGUGUGAGAUCAUUGAUAAGCACAGUACGCAAUUCGAUGCGGCUCAGAAGCCAGACCAACAAACUCUUGACUUGCUUACAGAUAACAGUGCCCAGGCAGGUUUGAAGAAAGAAUAUGCUGAUAAAAACCGUCAAUUAAGACAAAUGAGAGGAGAAAACCUGCAGGAAUUAACUUUAGAGGAGCUAAUGCAUCUUGAAAGAACAAUUGAUAUUGGAUUGACUCGCGUAAUGGAAAGAAAGGGUCUACAAAUAAUGAAACAGUUAAGCAGUCUUCAACAAAAGGAAAUGCAACUCCUGGAGGACAAUAAGAGGCUGAGAGAAAAGAUGGGGUUGUGCAUGAUUGAUCAUGCCUCAGUGAGUGGUCUCCAUGAAGAUGGCCAAUAUUCCUCUGAAUCAAUUGACACUUCUGAUACAUUACUUAGGCUCAGGGUAAUUAAUAUCUUUUAA